AUGCCAUAUACUUCGCCGUGGGCACCUCUAGAUGUUCCCAAAUGCAAUAUCUUGUACUACCUUUUUCCUCCGAACACGGCUCCAUCAAACGAGCCAUUAUGGAUCAACGCCACCAACGCCUCAAACAGCCUUUCCCCAGCCCAAAUGUUGUCUUGGACCAAAAGAUUCGCUAUGGGCCUUGACAGGCUUGGAGUCGCUCAGCAAGAGGCUGUCUUGGUCUUCAGCCCGAAUCACCUUUUCGUUCCCAUGGUAUAUCUGGCCGCUGCAGGAUCUAAGCGCUAUUUUACGGGCGUCAAUCCCAUUUACACAGCCAAUGAAGUGGCCCAUCAGAUGAAAGCUAUCGAGGCUGCAGUGGUUCUGGUUCAUCCCUCCCUACUCGAGACCGGUCUAGCUGCAGCGAAACAAACUAAUAUCUCCCUCGAUCGUCUCUUCAUCUUCUCCGAUUGGGAAUGCCCCACAACUCAGGGUGUGCGAGAUUGGCGAUCGAUAAUUGCUUCAGAGAAGGAUGCGGAGUCCUGGCAAUGGGAUUCUCUGGAAGGCGAACCCGCAGCGCGGACUAUUGCGGUAGUCAACUUUUCAAGUGGUACUACCGGCCUUCCAAAAGGCGUUUGCAUCACACAUUAUAACCUCGUUGCCAAUACCGCCCAGGCAAUAUUCAACAAAUUCAAAGGGACAGAAGCCGAAACCUAG